CAAGAGCAUAAGAACCAGCCCUCGUCGUCGUUGACAAUUUCUCUCUCUAGCGAGGUCCAGUUCCGGCCAACUCUCUCUCUCUCUAGAAUCGCCAAUCCGCGAGGUUUAACCUGAAGAGUCUCAGCUAUGGGAGGUGGAUUUAGGGUGCUUCACCUUGUCCGGCCAUUUCUUUCUUUUUUGCCUGAGGUUCAGAGUGCUGACAGGAAAAUUCCAUUCAGGGAGAAGGUCAUAUACACUGUGAUCUCCCUUUUCAUCUUCUUGGUUUGCAGUCAGCUUCCUCUAUAUGGGAUCCACUCUACAACAGGUGCAGAUCCUUUCUACUGGAUGCGUGUUAUUCUCGCAUCAAAUCGUGGAACUGUCAUGGAGCUCGGUAUCACUCCGAUCGUAACAUCUGGAUUGGUGAUGCAACUUCUGGCUGGUUCUAAGAUAAUUGAAGUGGACAACAAUGUUAGAGAGGAUCGUGCCCUUCUGAAUGGAGCACAGAAGUUACUGGGUAUACUGAUAGCCAUCGGCGAGGCUGUCGCCUAUGUUCUCUCGGGCAUGUAUGGCAGUGUUGGACAACUUGGUGUUGGAAAUGCCAUUCUCAUCAUCAUCCAACUUUGCUUCGCUGGCAUCAUCGUGAUAUGUUUGGAUGAACUUCUUCAGAAAGGAUAUGGUCUGGGCUCUGGAAUUUCCCUUUUCAUAGCAACCAAUAUCUGCGAAAGCAUUAUCUGGAAAGCAUUCAGUCCCACGACCAUUAACAGUGGGCGAGGAGCUGAGUUUGAAGGUGCUGUGAUCGCUUUAUUCCAUCUCCUGAUUACGCGGACAGAUAAGGUCCGUGCUUUACGAGAGGCCUUUUAUCGGCAGAACCUUCCAAAUGUGACAAAUCUGCUCGCGACAGUCUUGAUAUUCCUCAUUGUUAUAUACUUCCAAGGAUUCCGUGUGGUUCUGCCAGUGAGGUCGAAGAAUGCCCGUGGCCAGCAGGGUUCUUAUCCCAUCAAGCUUUUCUACACCUCAAACAUGCCAAUCAUUUUGCAGUCUGCUCUUGUUUCCAACAUUUACUUCAUUUCACAGUUGCUUCACAGGAAGUACAGUGGAAACUUUAUUGUUAACCUGCUGGGUAAAUGGAAGGAAUCAGAAUAUUCUGGUGGUCAGUAUGUUCCAGUUGGUGGUCUAGCAUAUUAUAUAACUGCACCUUCAAGCUUGGCUGACAUGGCAGCUCAUCCUUUCCAUGCACUCUUCUACCUUGUGUUCAUGCUCACAGCAUGUGCUCUUUUCUCAAAAACAUGGAUUGAAGUUUCUGGAUCCUCUGCCAGAGAUGUUGCGAAGCAACUCAAGGAGCAACAAAUGGUGAUGCCUGGCCAUCGGGAGUCCAACUUACAGAAAGAGCUGAGCCGUUACAUUCCAACCGCUGCGGCAUUUGGGGGCAUGUGCAUCGGUGCGCUAACAGUGCUGGCAGACUUCAUGGGGGCAAUCGGUUCGGGGACUGGGAUCCUCCUUGCAGUCACCAUCAUCUACCAAUACUUUGAGACAUUCGAGAAGGAAAGAGCUACUGAACUCGGUUUCUUUGGUUUCUAAAUUCAUCUUUAACAUAUUGGUGCUGACCUCCUGCAGUUUUGAAAUUAAGUUGAGAUAUAGAAUAGACCGAGUCAACACCAGUGGUUUUAGUUUAAAAGUAGAACAGUUUUUUGUUUACUAACUUUUUGUUUAACAGAGCGGAGGAAUGCAAGAUCUAAAGAUUGUUUACUCGAA